CCUUCCAAAAUAAGUUUUUCACAAUGGUUACUGCUUUCAGAGUUCAUGCACUCUUCAUCUUCUCUUUCACCACUUUCAUCUCAUUCAUCUUCUGCAUAACCUCCAAUACCGCCGUUGCGAAACCUAGAUCUCUCCGUUUCAACGUAGAGCUCAUCCACCGCGAGUCUCUCCUCUCCCCAUUCCAAAACCCCAAAACCAUUCUUUCCAAUAAAGCUCAGAGAGCAUAUGAAUCCUCAAUUGCUCGCUAUACCUAUUUAACUUCCCAUAUCACUUCUUCUUCCAUUGACAAAUUCAAAAUUGAUGUGAUUCCCUAUAGUAGCCUUGAUUACCUUGCAAAAAUCCCCCUUGGAGCUCCAGCUUCUGAUAUAUUCACUACUAUAGACACAAGUAGUGGGAUCUUGUGGAUCCAAUGCAAGCCUUGCCUCCAGUGCUUUGACUACACCAAAUCUACAACUUACACUAAAUUGUCCUGUUUUUGCUCUUCAUCACAUUUCAAACUUGCUUCUAAUGGGCAUUGCAGAGAAAGCCCUAAUGGGUGCACUUACCAUACUCAAUAUGGUAAUCAAGAUGAGAGCUUUGGCAACCCUGCUUCUGAAUCCCUAGCUUUCAUAAACUCUGAUGGAGGUGUUGAAGAGACAGUAAUGAAUCUGGUUUUUGUUUGUGGAAUCAAUGACAAGUUUAUAAUUGGUGAUCAAUCAGCUGGAGUACUAGGCCUUGCUGCAAUGAACUUAUCAAUAGUCUCUCAAUUAAGUUCAAUUUCACAACCAAAAUUCUCCUAUUGCUUUGGCAAUCUAAGUGAUCCGUCGUCGAAAGGUAAUUUGAUCUUUGGUGAUGCACAUAUUAGUGGCUUCACAACUCCUUUCAUAUUUGAUCGCUUCUAUUAUCUUAAUUUGAUCGGCAUUAGCAUUGGUUCGGAAAGGCUUAAUAUUCCACCAGGAACAUUCGAUCGGAAAGACUCAGGCUCAGGUGGAGUGAUCAUUGAUAGUGGUACACCAUUAACAAUUCUAGCAAAAGAAGGAUAUAAUGAGGUAACAGAUGAAUUAUCUGUGUAUCUAAUGAAGUUCAAGUGCAACCCAGUUCCAUUUGCAAAAUCAAACAGGUUAUGCUCUUCUGGGAAUUUUAUUAGGGAUUUGAAUGGAUUUCCAACUGUGACUUUCCAUUUUAAGGACAAUGCCAAAUUGGUUUUGGGGAAAUGGAGUUUGUUUACCCAAGUGGAAGAAGAUGUGUUUUGCUUGGCUUUCCUUCCUAGUGAUUCUACUGAUGUAUCUGUCAUUGGAAAUAUGGCUCAACAGUUCUACAAUUUUGGGUUUGAUCUUGUAAAAAAUGAGCUUUCUUUUAUUCACUCCCAUUGCAUUAUAUGAGAAAUAUUGGGAUUUUUGG